ACCCGGCGGCGGCGCGGGAGGGGGAAGAGCGCAGCCCGGCGGUUGUUUACCGGGGAGGGAAGAGCCGGGGCAGGUCUCGCCGCGGCGCCGAGCUGAGCUGCGCUGCGCCGCGCGGCCGGGCUGGCGGCGGCUGCUCGCCCUCCGCUCCGAGGAUGCUGCGCGGGGCCCCGCGGCGGGCGGCGGCGCUGGGCGCCGUGCUGCUGGGCUCGCUGCUGCUGGCGGCCGCCCGGGGCGCCGAGGAGUGCCUCCGCGGCAACGGCUCGUCUUACCGCGGUGGCCGGCGAGUGGCCGCCGGCGGCGCCCCGUGCCUCAACUGGCUGGCGGUGCGGAGCGGCCCCGGUGCCGCGCUCCCGGCAGCAGUUGCGGAGGACCACAACAGCUGCAGGAACCCGGACGGCGAUGCCGCGCCCUGGUGCUACGUCCAAGGAGCCGCUGGGGUUCCCGAGCGGAGACCCUGCGACAUCGCCCAGUGCCCAGAUGCUACAGCUGCCACAGCCCCUGUCCCUACAGCAGGAGUUGGUACUUCUCAGGAGGCCAGCCAGGUGUUUGAACCAGACGAUACCUUGCCCUCUCGGAGCGAGGCAGCCGCGGUGCAGCCUGUCAUUGGCAUCAGUCAGAGAGUGCAGAUGAACUCCAAAGAGAAGAAGGACCUGGGCACACUAGGCUAUGUGCUGGGGCUGAUCAUGAUGGUGAUCAUCAUUGCCAUUGGAGCUGGCAUUGUCCUGGGAUACAUCUAUAAGAGGGGGAAGGACCUGAAGGAGAAGCAGGAGCAGAAGGCGUACGAGCGCGAGAUGCAGCGCAUCACACUGCCCCUCUCUGCCUUCAGCAACCCUGCCUGCGAGCUGGUGGACGAGAGCACCAUCGUGGUGCACACCAACCAGACGCCUGUGGAGGACAUGCAGGAUGGUGGUGGCCCUCUGAUGGGGCAGGCAGGUACUCCUGGGGCCUGAGCAGCUCAGGCGGGAGCGACACAGGCGGAGCAAAGCCUGCAGCCUCCUGCUGCUGGCGCGGGGUUUGCCGUGUUCAUUUCUGUUUCGUUUUCUUUUUGAUGAGAGCCAGGUGAAGGUGAUGCAGAGGGACAGGACAAGGGCUGUUCAUCACCAUCUCUUCGAAGGGCACCAUUCAGUGCAUGAGCAGCUGGGGACUGGUGUGGUGGACCCUGCUGCUUCCUCCCACCUAUCUCCAUGGUGUGCCAGGGAGCUGGGGGGGAUGACAGGCCAGGCUCACCACAGAUCCCAUAGCCUGGGGUGUGGUCUUGGCUUCCUCUUUUUCUGUUCCUAUUUAAUGGUGUGCACUGUUACUUAAGUUUCAGCGUGGAACCCCAAGAGGGAGCAGUACUGCAGGGACUGAUGGGAGCUUCAUAUCAGACUUAGCUAGGUAAUUACACUCUGAUUAUAGUUCCUGCCUUUUUGCUUCAGUGGCUGAGAGCUGGAGACACUGUCCAGAGCCCUACUGCUGGAUCAGUUCUGGUUUUUUUUCCAAGGAAGGGUCUCAAAGGUGGCUUUGGUCAGGAGCAGUAUCAAAGUAGCCCCAGUGUCAAACUUGGAAAAGCUCUUCUCAAGCUCUUGACAAAUCCAGGUCUUCCAGGGCUGAGGCCACAUCUCCGUGCCCCUGUGGUGCUGCUUGCACAGCCACAGCUGUAGGUGUCCAGGUGGUCUCUGCCUCCUGCUCACCUACACAGACAGGAGACCGAAGGUCAGCAGUAGAGAGUUGUGAAGAAAACAAACUGCCCUCCAGUUCCCUACAGCAGGUUGAGCACUGUGGGCAGGGGACAUCCUCUUCCGAAUCCCCUGGGCUUUCUACAGAGCCAGCUGUGGAGGUUGCCCUGAGCAUGAGGCAGCAGCUCUGAAGGGCAGGACAGGGCUGCCCCUGCCUGGGGCAUGGCUCAUGGCCCAGUCUCCUUCACAUACGCUCAGCUAGUGCAGCAAGACCACUUGCUUAGAGCCUGGCCCUGGCAGAGAGAUUUUGUAACAACUUCUAUCAGCAUUUCAGGGGGUUUAGAAGGGAUGGUUGCUGCAGAGGCUCCCAAACAGCACCGAGGCAAGGCCAGUUCAGGGAAACAUCUUACCCCACCUGAGGGGAUUCAAGCCAUUCAAGUCAGUUUUCUAGCCAUCUGCGUCAUAGCUGUGGGCCUAACAGGGAGCAGCACUUGGCAGCAGGGGUUUUAGUGUUAAUGUUUGAUUCAGAAAAGGGAAAGGUUUUAUUUUUAAAUGCCUUUGAAUACCAUUUCUUUGUAAAGUGUUUUAAAUACCUCAUUCUGAGAAGGUGCAGAUUGUGCUACCUUGUAUUAAAGCUUAAAAGCAAAAGG